AUGGAAUUCAGCAGAUUCAGGAUAUCCUUUCUAUAUUAAUUAAUUAAAGUAAGUAUAUAAAUGUCAACAACAGCAAAAUACAUGUCCAAAUACCAAUAAUAAUUACAUGGAGAUUUCAUUUCCCAACUCAACAAUCAAAUCUCCAACAAGAACAACCAUGGCUACUUCUCCAGACAUCAGUAGUCCAUACAGAAGAAUUGAAGAUUCAUUGGAAGAACAAGCUAUGGAUCCAAACACCAAAAAAUCAUCAAAAAAACUAACUCUGAUUCCAUUAAUAUUUCUCAUCUAUUUUGAAGUUUCCGGUGGUCCUUAUGGUGAAGAACCAGCCGUUAAGGCUGCAGGACCCUUAUUUGCUCUGCUUGGGUUUUUAAUUUUUCCAUUUAUUUGGAGUAUUCCGGAAGCUCUAAUCACAGCUGAACUUGCUACUGCUUAUCCUGGUAACGGUGGUUAUGUUAUCUGGGCUGAUCAGGCUUUUGGUCCUUUUUGGGGAUCUUUAAUGGGUUCAUGGAAAUUUCUUAGUGGAUCCAUUAACAACGCUGCUUAUCCUGUCCUCUGUGCAGAGUAUGUGAAACAGGUUUUCCCUGUUUUGGGUCAUGGUUUGCCUCGUGUAUUAGCUAUUUCUACAUCUACUGUGCUUUUAUCAUUUCUUAAUUAUACUGGAUUAACAAUCGUUGGUUGGGUUGCUGUUGCAAUUGGUAUAGUUUCUCUUCUUCCAUUUCUUCUCAUGGCUAUGAUUUCCAUUCCAAGAAUUCGACCAAAACGUUGGGGUAGUACAGGUCAAAAAGGUGUGAAGAAGGAUUGGAAUUUAUUCUUUAAUACUCUGUUUUGGAAUUUGAAUUUCUGGGAUAAUGCGAGUACAUUAGCAGGAGAAGUAGAGAACCCACAGAAAACAUUUCCAAAAGCUCUACUUUCAGCUGGAAUUAUUACUUGUCUUGGGUAUUUGAUUCCUCUUUUAGCAGCAACUGGAUCCUUAACGGUUGAUCAGAACCGAUGGGAUGAAGGGUUUUUAGCAGAUGCAGCAGGGAUGAUUGCCGGGCAAUGGUUGAAAUUUUGGGUAGGACUUGGUUCAGUAUUAUCUGCAGUUGGAUUGUUUGAAGCUCAAUUAAGUAGUAGCUCGUUUCAACUUGAAGGUAUGGCAAAUUUAGGAUUCUUACCUGCUUUCUUUGCAUGUAGAUCAAAAUGGUUUAAUACACCAUGGGUUGGAAUCUUUGUUUCAAGUUUAUUAACAUUGGGGGUGUCCUUCAUGGAUUUUACUGAUAUAAUAUCAUCAGCAAAUUUCUUAUAUAGUCUGGGUAUGCUGUUAGAAUUCUCUGCAUUCAUUUGGUUGAGAAGAAAAUAUCCAAAUUUGAAGAGACCUUACAAAGUACCAUUGGGAAUUCGUGGAUUAGUUGUUAUGUGUUUGGUACCAGCUGGGUUUGUGAUAUUUGUAAUGGUUAUUUCAAAGCCUAUAGUCUUCAUCAUGAGUGGAGGACUGACUCUGUUUGGAGUUCUUUUCUAUUUUUUCAUGAAUCUUUGUAAAACUAGAGGGUACAUCAAAUUUAACAUCAAGGAAACAGCUACUGGAGAACAAGUGGUUGAAGGGCAAUGAGAAAACUAGUGUUUUCGCCUAUACAUUGUAUCUUUAAGAUUGUAAUUUGAUAGAUCAAGUAAUUUGAGAUUUUAUAUAUUCUUUAGAAUGGUUCUUAAUUGUUUGUCUGCAAUGUGAUGGUUGCCUCAAAGUGCGUACCCACGCAAGGGAUACCAUAAAAGUCAAGCAGACACAGAAAAGGCAUAUCUCUUACCAACUCGCAUACGGAAAUUAAAAAAAAUGAAAAAAAGGUGCGUGGAAUUCAAAAGCCAACUCAGAACUCCCGAAGUGUGCAUGAUUCUUUAAUCUGUGGCUCACAUUUGGAGGUUUAUUGACAUGACGGUCCAGCUCAGUCAUCAUCAUUUGUGAUUUGUGAAGGCUACUGGGAUUUGAAAUCCUGAUUCACCGUAUAAUGUUGACAUUGUUAAAUGCUUAUUUGGAUUAUUUUAUAAAUUGCGAUGUCCAUGUUUCA